GUCGCUCUGUCCGUCGCCGCCACCAACCGCGCGCCUACAAUGCGCGUCACGGAGAAGCACUAUCCGCAGCUCAUGCGCCUGGCGCACGACGAGGCGCUCAAGAGCAAGGCGCAAGGAGGCAUCCCGAUAGGCGCCGUCAUCGUGGACCUCAACACGCGCGCCGUGCUCGCGCGCGGGCACAACCGGUUCGCGCAGACGGGCUCGCACGUCGCCCACGGCGAGAUGGAGGCGCUCGCGAAUCUCGGGGCAGUGGACAAGGCGCUGUGGAAGGACCUGGCAGUGUUCACGACCAUGGUGCCGUGCGAGAUGUGCGCCGGGGCGUUCAUCCGCUUCGGUAUCCCCUUGUGCGUGGCUGCCGAGCGGGAAACGUACGCAGGUGCAGAGGAGUACCUCGUGUCGCGCGGCGUACAGGUCAUCGUGCUCGACGACGCUUCGGUGCGGCAAAUGAUGGUGGACUGGAUCGCGACAGACGAGGGCAAGGCGCUGUGGGAGUCGUAGUAAUCUGCGGGGUAUCCGGGCUAUCUGGGCUGUCUAGGCUGUCUGAACUCUGUUGUACCAUGUAUGGGUUUGCUUUUA